UGAGAUCUUGGCUCAGGGAAGAGCCUGCUCUCAGGUUGGUAGCAGAAAGAAAUCUUGAUGUAAGAGAAGGAAAGAACUAACAAGAAUGUUAGAAGUAAUCUUACAGAUCCCAUUAUACCGCUUUUACUGUGUUUGGAAGGCAUCUCUGGCAGCUGAUGUGUCCAGGCUUGGGUACAGUUCCUCACCCAAUCACAAAUACAUUCCCCGAAGGGCAGUGCUCUAUGUUCCUGGAAAUGAUGAAAAGAAAAUUAAGAAGAUUCCCUCUCUGAAUGUGGAUUGUGCAGUACUCGACUGUGAGGAUGGUGUGGCUGUGAACAAAAAGGAUGAAGCUCGAUUGAGAAUAGUAAAAACUCUUGAAGACUUUGAUCUGGGCCCAACUGAAAAGUGUGUCAGAAUCAAUUCAGUGUCCAGUGGUCUUGCCGAAGAAGACCUGCAGGCCCUUCUGCGGUCCCGGGUCCUUCCUUCCAGCCUGAUGCUCCCGAAGGUAGAAGAUCCUGAAGAAAUCCAGUGGUUUUCAGACAAAUUUUCAUUCUACUUACAAGGCCGAAAACUUGAACAACCUAUGAAUUUAAUCCCUUUUGUGGAAACUGCAAUGGGUUUGCUCAAUUUUAAGGCAGUGUGUGAAGAAGCACUAAAGAACGGGCCUCAAGUGGGUCUUUUUCUAGAUGCAGUCGUUUUUGGAGGAGAAGACUUUCGAGCCAGCAUAGGUGCAACAAGUAGUAAGGAAACCCAAGAUAUUCUCUACGCCCGACAAAAGAUCAUUGUUGUAGCAAAGGCCUUCGGUCUGCAGGCCAUAGACCUGGUGUACAUCGACUUCCAGGAUGGAGAGGGGCUUCUCAAGCAGUCGAGAGAAGGAGCUGCAAUGGGAUUUACUGGUAAGCAGGUGAUACACCCUAACCAAAUUGCAGUGGUCCAGGAGCAGUUUUCGCCUUCCCCUGAAAAAAUUAAGUGGGCUGAAGAACUGAUUGCUGCCUUUAAAGAACAUCAACAAUUAGGAAAGGGAGCCUUUACUUUCCAAGGGAGUGUGAUCGACAUGCCAUUACUGAAGCAGGCCCAGAACACUGUUAGGCUUGCCAUAUCCAUCAAGGAAAAAUGAUCUGCUAAAUGAAGCUCUCAUCAGGCUAAAGGGUAUUGAAGCUGCGAAGGAUCAACUUGUGUUUGCCAGAGGACGCCAAUGAAAUUUGAAACACCAACAAUCAGAGAUUUUGUUUCUGCCCCUCAUUAAAUCAUGAGCUUUUGUGUGGAGA